GAAGGCGGGAUGAGAGAGAAGGAGAGAGAGGGAGAAAAAGAGAAAGAGACAGGGAGAGAGGGAGGGAGAAGGCGGGAUGGAGAGAGAAGGAGAGAGAGAGAAAAGAGAAAGAGAGAGACAGAGAGAGGGAGGGAGAAGGAGGGAUGGAGAGAGGACAGAGAGAGAGGGAGGGAGAAGGAAGAAAGAAAAGAGAAACAGAGAGAUAGAGAGGGAGGGAGAAGGCGGGAUGGAGAGAGAAGGAGAGAGAGAGAAAAAGAGAGAGAGAGAGAGACAGAGAGAGAGGGAAGGAGAAGGAGGGACAGAGAAAAAAGAAAAGAAAAAAAAAGAGAGAGAAAAAAAGAAAGAGAGAGAGGAGAAGAGGAGAAGGAGAAAGAAGAGAAAGAGAGGAGGGAGAGAAAAAGAGGAAAGAGAGAAGAAAGAGAAACAGAGAGAGAGGAGAGGAGGAAAAGAGAAGAGAGAAGAGAGAGGAAAAGAGGAAAGAGAAGGAGAGAGAGAGAAAAAGAGAGAGAGAAGAAGAGAGGAAGGAGGGAGAGAGGGAGAGAGGAAAAAGGAGGAAAGGAGAGAGAGAGAGAGAGAAAAGAGAAAAAGAGGGGAGAGAGAAAGGGGAAGAGAGAGGAGAAGAUGAGAGAGGCAGAGAGAGAAAAAGAGGAGGAGAGAGAGGAAAAAGAAAAAAAGAGAAAAAGAAGAGAGAGAGAGAGAGGAGAAGGAAGAGAGGAAGAGAGGAAGGAGAAAGAGAGAAAGGAAAGAGAAAAGAGAAGAGGAGAAGGAGAGAGAGAGGAAGAAGAGAGAGGGAGGAAAGAGAGAGAGAGAGAGGAGGAUAGAGAGGAAGAGAGAAAAAAGAGAGGAAGAGAGAGAGAGAAAGAAAAGAGAAAGAGAGAGGAGGAGAAGGAGGAGAGAGAAGGAGAGAGAGAGAAAGAGAGAGACAGAGGGAGAAAGGGGAGAGAGAAAGAGAGAGAGAAAGAGGAGAGGAGGGAGGAGGAGAAAAGAGAGAGGAGAGAAAGGAGGAUGAGAGAAGGAGAGAGAAAAAGAGAAAGAGAAGGAAGGGAGAGAAGGAGAGAGAGAAGAGAGGAGAGGACAGAGAGAGAAAAAAAGGAAAGAGAGAGGAAAGAAAAGGAAAAAGAGAGGAAGGAUGGAGAGAAGGAGAGAGAGAAAGAGAGAGGAGGAGAAGGGAUGGAGAGAGGAAGGAGAGAGAGGAAAGAGGAGAGAGAGAGAGAGAGAGGAAAAGAGAAAGAGAGAAGAGAGAAGAGAGAGAGGGGAGAAGAGAAAAGGAGGAAAGAGGAGAGA